AUACGACGUGUGCGCCGGUGCCUGAAAGCGGCGUGCAAAAUGUGGACAGCACCCAGUCGGGACUAUGAUAAGUCUCGGGGUGUCCGUCCUAGGCUAGGCUAGGCUAGGCUAAGCUAACGUUAGCUUCACCUAGCCCGGACAAGCUCCCCGAAUUCGGUUGGUGUAAGUCAGUCAGAGCUUGCUAGGUUAGCGAGCUUCACCGUUGGAUGCGAGUUUUUAUUUUUUUGGCGACUGAAUAAGUAGCUGGCCAGCUAAUAGUUAACAUGCCACAACGUGUUACAUAAUAGUAUUAGUCUCACCCUCAAUUUUGUGAGCGUCCUCAGAUAAUUCGGCUAACAGGGAUGACUCCUGGCGACGGUCGGAUAUGCAAAUAGCUAAAAGCAGUCUUGAGAAUCGCAUCGGGAUUUGUAAAAUCGCUUUGAUGCCGUUCUGCGAUGGGCUUUUUGCUUGCUGGUUGCCAUGGCGACUCAGACUGAGCAGCGUCCCGUGUUGGCACUCAGUGCAGUGAACCAAAUGGGUUGCCGCUGCGCCCGAGUCGUUCUCCUCCUGCUGCUCCAGGCGUUGUGCUUGUUGGCUGAAGAUGGGUCCAUUGACUGCAUGUGUGUGGGCAGUGGCUGCCUGUCAGAGCAGUGUAAGGGGGAGCAGUGUUUCAUCGCCGUGACGAUUAGCAACGGCGAGCCUUCCUUCCGGCGCGGCUGUCUGUUUGGUUCAGAGAGCAGGCGCAUGACCUGCUCGGCGGCGCCCUCAGCCAGUCAUGUGGUGGAGUGCUGCUCGCAGCCCAUGUGCAACGUCAACGCCUCCAUGGAGUCUCUGCUUCAGCUGCUACAGACAAGUCCAGGCAGCGGCCCGGCGCGCUAUCGCCCAGAGACGGUGCUGCUUUUCAUCUUCCUGGGCCCCGUGGUGGCCCUGGCCCUGCUGGCCACGCCCACCCUUCUGCUCUGCCGCAGGCUCCGCCCAGGCCGUCUGGAGAGGCUGCGCGAGUUCGACACGGAGCAGGGUGCCGUGGAUGGCCUCAUCACCUCCAAUGUGGGAGACAGCACGCUGGCGGAUCUUCUGGAUCAGUCGUGCACGUCAGGCAGUGGCUCCGGACUGCCCUUCCUGGUCCAGAGGACAGUGGCCCGCCAGAUCAGCCUGGUAGAGUGUGUUGGGAAAGGGCGUUACGGGGAGGUGUGGCGGGGCCAGUGGCAGGGAGAGAACGUCGCCGUGAAAAUCUUCUCCUCAAGAGACGAGAAGUCCUGGUUUCGGGAGACGGAGAUCUACAACACCGUGCUACUGCGGCACGAGAACAUAUUAGGUUUCAUGGCGUCGGACAUGACGUCGCGGAACUCCAGCACACAGCUGUGGCUGAUCACACACUACCACGAGAACGGCUCGCUGUACGACUACCUGCAGCGCGCGCCGGUGGACACAGCCGACGGCCUGCUCAUGGCCGCCUCGGUGGCCAGCGGCCUGGUGCACCUGCACACGGAGAUCUUCGGCACGGAGGGCAAGCCGGCCAUCGCCCACCGCGACCUGAAGAGCAAGAACGUCCUGGUGAAGAAGGACCUACGCUGUUGCAUCGCCGACCUCGGCCUGGCAGUCACUCACUCCCAGGCAGAUAACCAGCUGGACGUGGGCAACAAUCCUAAAGUGGGCACUAAACGCUACAUGGCCCCGGAGGUGCUGGACGAGUCCAUCCAGACCGACUGCUUCGACGCCUACAAGAGGGUGGACAUCUGGGCGUUCGGCCUGGUGCUGUGGGAGAUCGCCCGACGCACGUAUAGCAAUGGGAUUGUGGAGGACUACAGACCUCCGUUCUAUGAUCUGGUGCCCAACGACCCGAGCUUCGACGACAUGCGCAAAGUGGUGUGUGUUGAGCAGCAGAGGCCGUUCGUGCCCAAUCGCUGGUUCUCUGACCCCACGCUAUCCGCCCUGGUGAAACUGAUGAAGGAGUGCUGGUACCAGAACCCUUCAGCACGCCUGACAGCACUGCGCAUCAAAAAGACUCUAGACAAGAUCCACAGCUCCCUAGAGAAGGCCAAGCCAGACUGCUGAGGCCCCACCCUCUUCCCUGCUCCCACCCCGCCCCUCGGAGACGGAGAUUGCGAGCCAUACUGAAUCACCAGAGCCCACAGGAAGAGGCCCCACACACACGCUGGCAUUCUGAGCCUGGAUGUUCUCCGUCUUGCUGAUCUAGAAGCAGCCCCUCCCCCGUCCUUUAAUCAUGUCUGUUAUAGCACAGCGAGCCAGCGCUGAUCUCAGGUCAGCACUCCUGGCCUUCGUCGAUACAAAGAAAGCCAGUCGUUCUCUUUAUGAAUCAUUCGUUCAGUGGCUCGCUUUUUUGUAUCCUGCACCAUUUCCCUUCACCAACUUCAAUAAAAAGUACUUCUGUGCAGGACAGCGACUUCCUGUCCUGGAUUGCACCCUGGCCUGCACCAAUUUUAACCACCGCUUGAACCACUGACCAGAGGAUUUCGAAAGGUUUUGAUGGGUUCUCUCCCUCGUCUGUAGAAACCUGUCAUACCUGGCCAGCAGACCAAUUUUGGGCAUCAACACACUGUACGGUCCUUGCCACAGAGAGAUGACCAAGAGAAGAGAGAUGAGAUAUGAUGACAGGCCUCGGGGAACUGACUAUAGAUCAGCCCGUUUACUGAGAUGCUGGAUGUUUUUAAACUCGGAAGGUCAUUUUCCAGACAAUCUCACCAUACGCGUGUGAAUCUAUAACACUGGAUAAAUUAUAAGACUACAUGCGAUAGGACGUAUGGUAUCAAGACUACCUACUAGAGUAACGUUUGGGGGGUGGGGGGGUGUUUAAAAAAAAAAAAAAAAAAAAAACCCUGAGUCUUCACCCUUCUUUACAAUGAAACAUUAAAGCCACCCCCUCCACACCCACCCCUGGCCAGUGUUAGUUUGGUUGGCUGCAGGGGGCGGGCCUUGCUGUCUCAGGCCCAGUUCUGACUGGACUAGGAGCUAUGACAUCAUCGCGUCGUCAUGCCUCAUGCCCGCUGGACAGAGGCUAUUGUAGCACUGACACUUUUUUGUUUCGUUUUUUUUGCGCAAUACCGCUCUCUCCAUCCCUAACGCCUCCUCGCCCUGGCCAGCCACGCUGAAAGUCGUGUUGCUGCAUUACAAGAGUUCUCAUAACUGACUCCAGAAUCGUAAGGCUUCCUCUCACACAUUUUUGAUGCACAUUUUCACCAUUUUUCUGUCAUUCUUUAAAACUUUCUCACAUACACAAUCCUUCAUGUCCCUUGCUGGCUGUCGCCGUCACGUACAUUGUGGCGCGUCCAAACGUACCCGGUACCAAAAGGCUUGCGUGCGUUUUGUUACUGAAGUGCACAAUGAGCAGAGCCGGUGCGAUUUAAACAGCCAUUGCUAGGAUCACCUUUAGAAGAAAGACAACCUACUUUUGGAGUCAGCUGGGGAGGUGCACUGUAUCUUGUAUGAGAAUGCUUUUGGCCUACUACUGUGAGCUUAAAGCAUUCCUUCUGUUCACCCUUCCACUCUCCCUGCUGGAGGGGACAAAUGUAUUCAAGGUCAA